ACUCGUUCCUCAAUCCUCAUUCCCCGCACUCGGAACUGCUCCCUUUGGGAGGAACCUUAAGUUGAGUUCUUUCCGACUGGGCGGCGGCGGCGGACCACCUAUUAGAACACAAAAAGAGAAGCGACGGCGGGUGGCGGCCGUGGGAAAGUGAGGCGAGGGCGCCUCUUGAGGUGGAGACGGGGACGGGGACGGAAGGGGAAUCCGGCAAGUCCACCGAGCAGCAGCCUGAAGCUCUUUCUUGCGGCACCGAGAUCCAGAGUAAGGUUCCAGUCCCCCCCCUUCCCCAUCCUCGUGGCAUGACUCCUGAGAAGCUCGAAGACUUUCAGGGGCGGAUCAUAAAACUGGAGCGGGAGGAUAUGCCUAACCAGUCGGACACAUUGGAUGGUGGUGGCGAUGAGGCGGAGGAUGCGAUGGACAGGGGCAAAUCUGUUGUCUUGGAGGAGGAUCAGUCUGAAGAUGUCUCUUGCAGCCCUGAGAUCCAGAGUAAGGUUCCAGUCCCUCCUCCUUCUCACGGCAUGAAGAAGGGGGGUCACAAGGGUCCGGUCAUCCCUCCUGAGAAGCUCAAACAAUUGGCGGGGCUGCGAUCAGAACUGCUUAAGGAGGAGAAAACGCUGUUGGCCGAUUUUCGAAGACGGAAGGAGAGAGCACUGGAGGAGCAUGAGAGGACCGAAGGUGACUCGUUGCCGUGGACGCCGAGCGUGGAAUAUGUAUCAGUUGUGAGUGCUAUUUUGGAUGACCUCGAGCGAAACAGAGAGAAACAGAAGGAGGUCAAUCCUGUUUUUUUCGAAGCCAUGGAAGCCUGGUCGGCUGAAGUGGGGCGGAAGAAGAGGACCAAGUUGCGGAGGGGCAGCGGCAAAUCCCUCUUGGAGGAACCAGUUCUUUCUUGCGGCUCUCUGAUCCAGAGUGAGGUUCCAGGUCCUCCUUCCCCUCCUCCUUUACAACAGCAGAGGCAACCAUCUGUGUAUGACUGCCAUGAGAUUUAUCCGGAAGGUGCCCAUGAGGAUGAGGUGACAACCAUGGAGGUGCAUUUCAAAAAUUUGGACUUGUCUGGAACCAAAUUAGACGACGGGGAAAAGGUUGAGGCCAGGACGCAGCAGUCUGAAGUUAUUUCUAGUCGACCUGACAUCCAGAGUAAGGUUCCUCCUCGUCGCAGUAAGAAGGGAAAAUCCUUCGUGGAGAAGCAGUUGAUUGGUCCAUUGCCUUGUGAGACUGAGAUGCAAUCUCAACAACUUCCCCGCGGGCCUGAUACCAAGAUGCAGUCUCGUGGCAGUAAGAAGGGGAACCGCGGGGGUCAUAAGAAGGGGAAGCGCGGAGAUUGUGCUGCGGCUCCAUCUGCAAGGCCCCAACACCAUGCAGCCAUGGAUCUGAAGCAGGUCCAAGGCUCCAAUGAAUCCAAACUGUGCCCAUGUGAUCAUGAUAUGAAGAUGGAGAUGGACAGAGGCAAAUCGGCCCUGGAAAUAGCCAAAGAGGAGGAGAUGGCCUUUGAGGCCAACAGCUUUGCCUCGUACCGUACAAGCUGGGAAUCUAACUGGGGAGCGUGUGGCCGCGCGUUCUUCGAAGACACGACGACCGUGAGUCCCAUGCACUUUACCCACUGCACACCUGGAUGCGACCCAGGAGAUGCCGCCAUCGCUGGGGCCACCCUGCAGAUCUUCACCAUCAAGCUCGAGGAGUUAAAAGGCGGCCUUGAGUGGCCAUUGUCUGUGUAUGGGGUGGUUGCCGCUCGAGACUGCGUGGAUCACAGCCGCAACCUCCUCUUCUCUUGCGAUAGGUGGAGGUCGCAGAAGCUCAGUCAGGACGAUCCUUUUUUGCGCUUAAUUGGCCCGUCUCGUGCCAUUGUGUUUACUGAUGAUGUUUACUUUGAAACCGAGCUAAGAGUGAAAGGCAAAACAUUGUCUCAAGAUAUAGCAUUGAUUAGUGGGAGGCGCCAUUACAGCGGAGGACAUACCAUUUCCUUCAGCAACUGCUUCUGCAGAAUAGAGUUAUGCAUGGAGCGAAUUCAUGAAACUGUCCAGGCCACUAUAUUGGGUGUCUGUGUCAAAAAUGGACCAUGGCCUUUCGAUUACGGUGGUAAAGUGGCUUGCCUCUCACCACCGCGGACAUAUAAGGUCACUGAUGGUAAAGUCUUUUAUACUACUCAUGCCCCAUCCAUGGAAAUUGUGAUGCUUGCUUCACGCGGUAGAACAAUGCCUAAGGGUUCAUAUGGUUACCUUCGUCUAUCAAGGCAUGUAGUUUCUGUAGAAUUGGAAGGAAGCCUGAAUGUUGUCAUACAAGCCUACUCAGAAUCUGGUGAUAUCACCGCACAAGGUGAGGUUUGCUUCACGCCCAAAGCUUGCAAUAUAAGUCAGGAGACAUGUUUCUUGGGUGACCGUGACCCUAAGGUGGAAGUGGAGAUUACUGUCGCUUGGUCUCUUCUUGUUUCGAACAGGCGUCAUUUGAUGAUGAAUGGAAUGGACUUUGACGAAUUGAAAGAAGCGGUCAGUGGGAUGGGGGUUUGAAUGUUGUGAAGAUGAUGGCUAAAGAGAGGCACUACAGAUCUCUAUUUCCUCUAAAUUUAUCUGUCCGGUCUGUCGAAGUGCCUUUGUAUUUCUGCAUCUAAUAGCAGAUAUUUAUGUUUAGUGUCCAGCAAUUCGGCUAUUAACUGCAUGUUAUGUAGGCAACCAUAUGUGUACAACUUGUAAGUUAUGUUGUGUUUUUUCUUU